AUGACUUCAUUUGGGAAAUAUUAUACAUUUAUCAUUGCAGGAGCAAGUGGUGAUUUAGCUGCUAAAAAGACAUUUCCAGCAUUAUAUGGAUUAUAUAGAGAAAAACAAUUAAGUCCUGAUUGUCAAAUCAUUGGAUAUGCAAGAUCAGAUUUAAGUGAAGAAAAAUUUCAUGAAAAAAUAUCACAACAUUUUAAAGGAGGUGAUGAACAAACUAAAAAAGAUUUUUUGAAAUUAACUUCAUAUGUUAGAGGUGCUUAUGAUACAGAUGAAGGCUAUCAAAAAUUAGAAAAAAGAUGUGUUGAUUAUGAAAAAGAACAUAAUGUUGAAAAACCAGAAAGAAUUUUUUAUUUAGCUUUACCACCAUCUGCAUUUACUGAAGUUUGUGAACAUAUUAAAAAAGAUGUUUAUCCAAAAGAUGGAAUUAUAAGAGUUGUAAUUGAAAAACCAUUUGGUCAUGAUUUAAAAUCUGCAAGAGAAUUACAAGAAUCUAUAGCACCAUUAUUUUCAGAAGAUGAAAUUUAUAGAAUUGAUCAUUAUUUAGGUAAAGAAAUGGUUAAAAAUUUAUUAGUUAUAAGAUUUGGUAAUGAAUUAUUUAGUGGAGUUUGGAAUAAAAAUCAUAUUUCUUCAAUUCAAGUUAGUUUUAAAGAACCUUUUGGUACUGAAGGUCGUGGAGGAUAUUUUGAUACUAUUGGUAUAAUAAGAGAUGUUAUGCAAAAUCAUCUUUUACAGGUAUUAACUUUAUUAACAAUGGAAAGACCAGUAUCAUUUGAUGCAGAAGCAGUAAGAGAUGAAAAAGUAAGAGUAUUAAAAGCAUUUGAUAAAAUAAAUGUAGAUGAUGUUAUAGUUGGACAAUAUGAUAAAUCAGAAGAUGGUAAAAAACCAAGUUAUUUAGAUGAUAAAACUGUUGCAAAGGAUUCAAAAUGUAUUACUUAUGCUGCUUUUACAGUAAAUAUUCAUAAUGAAAGGUGGGAUGGUGUACCAAUGAUUUUAAGAGCUGGUAAAGCAUUAGAUGAAGGAAAAGUUGAAAUUAGAAUUCAAUUUAAACCAGUAGCAAGAGGAAUGUUUAAAGAUAUUCAAAGAAAUGAAUUAGUUAUUAGAAUUCAACCAGAUGAAGCAAUUUAUUUAAAAAUUAAUUCAAAAAUCCCUGGAGUAUCAACAGAAACUUCAUUAACUGAUUUAGAUUUAACUUAUAACAAGAGAUAUUCAAAAGAUUUUUGGAUUCCUGAAGCUUAUGAAUCAUUAAUUAGAGAUGUUUUACAUGGAAAUCAUUCAAAUUUUGUAAGAGAUGAUGAAUUAGAUGUUUCAUGGAAAUUAUUUACUCCUUUAUUAGAAGCUCUUGAAAAUAAUCCAAAUUUAAAUUUAGAAAAAUAUCCUUAUGGUUCAAAAGGUCCAAAAGAAUUAAGAAAAUAUUUACAAAAACAUGGUUAUGUAUUUGCUGAAGAAGGUUCUUAUCAAUGGCCAUUAACUGAACCUGAUGUAAAAGGUAAAAUUUAG